GUGGGAUGUCAUCGAUGGGUUCUGAUCUUUAUGUUUGCCUGCUGAGUUUGUUUCUGUUCAACGAUUCGGGAUAAAUAUGAGCCAACUGGAAAGCUCGGCGGACGUAGACGCCUUAAUUAAAAGACUGGCGGAUCAGUCGGGGACUAAGUUUGUCACUUUUUCUGUGGACCGACAUUAUAAUGAGAAAGACUGGCAGCCUUCGCCUAUGAACCGAGUGCACUGGCAGUGGGCCGGCGGCUCGGGGAUGCCAGCCAUCGAGUUCACCGGUGUCCCGUUUAUGUUCGUGGGCUCGAAAAGGCUCGUGUGCCACCAAGGCAAAGACCUCGCUGUUUCUCAGAAAAGGAAGUAUUUUGAGGAAAAGGCUAGAAAAAUGUUGGAGGAGCAGAGUUUAGGCAACCAAAAAUCUCGGCGGCCGACCACAAAAAAGGUGGGAUGUCCUGCAGCCAUAUCCAUCAGCAAGAUCGCAACCUUCCCCGAGUUCAAGGUGGAUGAUAACACAGAAAGGAGUAAGAAGACCGCCUCGAAGAUGCUCAGAGUGGCCUUAAAGAGGGAUCCAGUUGUUUGGGAGACACGCUACGCUGUCACACAUUCAAGUGAGCAUGCAGGACAUGCAAACAGGAGACACGAGACAGAUUUGACCUCAGAAUCUGGUUUGCUUCCACGCAAGCGAGCAAGGAAAGCUGCUCUGAGGACGCGAUGUAUCAAACUCACCAAACAGCUCAUGGACAGCUUACAUGACAUUGAGGAUCAGCACGCUCUUGAAGAACUUUCUAAGGUUUUGGGCACUUUGCUGCAAGACCUGGUGCCUCCGAGCAGCACCGUGGACAGAAAGCCUUUUCAUCUCAAAGCAAAGACACUUGGUGUUUCCUCUCCGUUGUCACAGAGGUGUGCUGGGAGACAAAACCACAAGCAGACUGGAAACUCUGACAGAAAGCAGGCAGGAGCCCCUCUCCUAAACUUCAGCAGUUUAUGA